AUGCCGCGUGCCGCAUGCGUGCUUGAUCCGGUUUUCUUCCGGCCUGAACUACGGACGAUAUCCCGGCUUCUUGAGCCCGUCACGGCACGGGAAUUGAGUGGCUUUGCGGAAGAAACGUCUGUCGUAUGCAAGAGAGAUUCCGGUUCUGCGGGCUGCGAAUGCUCUGCAAAUGCCUAUGAAUACGGGUUCAAUACGGAAGAGGGAUCCCAAGAGCAAAGUCCAGAAAUUCCCUUGCUGGCGUUAUGUCGAUUCUUUGGUGUUCGUUGCAAGCCAAUAAAGACACAUCGAAAACAGUAUACGAAUAUCUUUAGCCAUGAAUACGUUAGCUCUGGCUCGGGUCUACCUCACAACAUCUACGGAGUACUCGUUGCGUCUAUGUCUGACUUGGAGACACAACAACUUCACGAUUCAUGCGAGCUGCACAAUUUCGUCCACGGGGGGCCAAGCAAACGGACGCCUUCAGAGGCAGACAGCGACAAUCUUUUCUUCCCCACCCCCUUUGGAAAUUUUGAAGAGGGGCAUUCGUCUCUCUCUCUCUCUCUCUCUCUCUCUCUCUCCAUCCCUGCGGACCUGCCGCCAGCUUCCGCGGCCAAUCAGCAAGCUGUUCCUGGCACUUUUACCUUUGCGGCGGCGAUCGUGCGCUCCUUGCCUCUGCAGGUUGGAUCACAUUUCACCAUCCAGAUUGUGAGCUCAGCUGGCUUCAACGGCUGUCACUCCAAAGAGAGUGGCCCUCGUUCUUCGCUCUGGACGAAGCGCGGCAUGAACGCGGAGCCUGCGCGAAGGCCAUGCGGAGACGCUGGAGGGCUCCAUUCAUCCUCGGAUUGGAAUGGCGCCGGCUUCAAAAAAUAGUAUCUGAUCAUUCUGAUGUUGGAAAAGAAAGCAUUUAACACUAUCCGUACAAGACGCACAGUGUCGGGGACUUCUGAAAUGCUGGGCCCUGGCGCAUCCUUGCACCAGAUACCUAUUGGCAUCAGAUCCCGGCCAAAGCUAGGGCUUCACAAGUUGAUACUUGUAUGAAAGUUGGAUCGUCGGGGCUGCCGGUGCUGUUGACGAGUCGAUAACUGCUUAUUCGUACGGAAACGGGUCAGCCCAACGGUCAGUGAUACUUUCCGACAUAAAGAUGGGCAGACUCAGCUGUGAAGGUGCAAUUUCUCAGGCGAGUCCACCCUGAAUCCCAGCCGAAUGGUUGUCGGCUGUUCGAUCAGGAAAGCUACUGAUCCAGCGGGUGGGAUCGCAGCCCUAGAUUACUAACGGAUCCAACUCUUUGAGAUUGAGGAAACAAAUACUUACUUUCUUGGCAGCAAUCAGUGAAAUUUGUCCUUCAGCAACAAUUCAUCAGAG